AUGUCGACCCUCGCAGACGAGCUGCUUCAGGACUUUGAGGACUCUGGUUCUGAGAAUGGCGCGCGCGUGGAGGAUGAUGGCGAGGACAAUACGGCGGCCAUUAUGGGCCUGUCCGGAGGCGACGUGCCAAUGGACGACACAGACCUGGUCAGCUCCGAUGACGAUGACGACGCCAUGGGGGCCGUGAACGAAGACGACGAAGGAGACGAGGAGACCAAUGGGAAGGCAGACAAGAACGGCAAGCCAAACGAUUUGCGGUCCGCAACGAGCCUCGUCAAGACGCUCGAUUCCAUCUUAGAGAAAAUCAAAUUCUACCAAGCACAACCGAGCGAGACACGACACGAACACGUCGGAAACGUCGAGGAGCACCCCGAGUACCACCUAUUGACACAGGCCAACGGCCUCUCAACGGCCAUUGACAAUGAGGUGGUCCUUGUGCACAAAUGGGUACGCGACCACUACUCGGUGCGCUUCCCCGAGCUCGAGACCCUCGUCACCAACCCGCUCGAGUACGCCAAGACAGCCGCGGUGCUCGGCAACGGCCCACUGGACUCGGACGCCAUGCGCCGGAUACCCCAGUCGACGGACAACCCGCUCGGCGUGUCCCUCGACUCGGUGCUCGACAAGCCAACCCUGAUGAUUGUCACGACAAGCGCCAUCACCUCCAAGGGCCAGCCCAUGGCGCAGAACGACCUCGACGGCGUGGUGGCGGCCUGUGGCGCGAUGGUGAAGCUCGAUGUGGCGAAACGGGCGUUGACCGAGUACGUGCAGUCGCGCAUGACUAUCUUUGCGCCGAACCUAACAGCGCUCAUUGGCUCCUUGACGGCCGCCCAGCUUCUCAACACGGCCGGGGGUCUGACGGGCCUGUCCAAGACCCCCGCCUGCAACAUUGCGGCAUGGGGUUCAAAAAGGGGCGCCAACGCCAGUGCCCUGGCGACAAACGUGACGUCACGCCAGCAGGGUUACCUUUACCAAUCGCCCAUCAUUCACACGAUUCCGACAGACCUGAAGAAGCAGGCGAUGCGCAUUGUCUCGGCCAAAGUGGUACUGGCCGCGCGUGUCGACCGGAUCCACUCGUCGCCGGACGGCAGCCAGGGUGAGGAGCUCAAAGACCAGUGCCUGGAGCGGCUGGAGAAGCUUCAAGAGAAGCCACUGAAUACAGGCGCACGGGCCCUACCGGCACCCGACGACAAGCCGUCGCGGAAACGCGGCGGUCGGCGGGCGCGGCAGGCCAAGGCGGCAACAGCGAUGACGGACCUACGCAAGGCGCAGAACCGGAUGGCGUUUGGCCAGGAGGAGAAGGAGGUCGGCUACGGCGUCGGUGACGAGACCGAGGGCCUGGGCAUGAUCGGUGCGGCAAGCGACGGUCGCGUGCGCGCCCUGCAGGUCGACCAGCGCACGCGAGCCAAGCUGAGCGCCAAGAACAAGGGCUGGGGCGGCCUGGCGUCGUCGGUCAACGGCGGCAGCGGUGCAGCAUCGUCGCUGCGGGGCAUUGGCCAGGCGGCCGGCGGCCUAGAUCUACGCGGACAUGGUUUGCGGGCAUCUGGCGUUGGCACCACGGUGGGCAGCCAAACGGCCGGUACGAUGUCGUCGCUGGCAUUUACACCCGUGCAAGGACUGGAGCUGGUCGAUCCCAGCGUGCGCGCCGAGAUGGGUCGCAAGAGAAAGGCGGAAGAGGACCGGUAUUUCAAGGGCGGCACCUUUACGCAAAUCGGCGGCAGCGCAGGCGGCGGCGGUGUUGCAGACGGCGUGUUCAAGAAGCCAGCGCUGCCACCUGCCAAACGCGUGGAUACAGGCGCGACAAAGAAAUGA